AUGUACAAUCGUUUUUUGUGCAAGUACCCAGAGUUCUCUGAGGGGAGUAAGGAGCGCUACCACUGGCAGACCCAAAAUGUGAAGGUCAGCGGAGUUGACGACAUGGUGCUUCUGUCUAAAAUUAACGAAGAUGCCAUCACAGACAACCUUAAGAAACGAUACAUGGACGACUACAUCUUUACAUACAUAGGCCCUGUUUUGAUAUCAGUAAAUCCUUUUAAACAGCUUCCAUAUUUCACCGAGCGCGAGAUUGAACUAUAUCAGGGCGCCGCUCAAUAUGAAAAUCCUCCGCACAUUUAUGCACUGGCCGACAACAUGUACCGGAACAUGAUGAUUGACAUGGAAAACCAGUGUGUAAUCAUCAGUGGGGAGAGUGGAGCAGGGAAAACCGUAGCUGCCAAAUACAUCAUGAGUUACAUUUCCAAAGUGUCUGGAGGAGGGCCUAAAGUUCAGCAUGUGAAGGAUAUAAUCCUCAAAUCCAACCCCUUGCUAGAGGCUUUUGGGAACGCCAAGACGGUGCGGAAUAACAAUUCAAGUCGCUUUGGAAAAUAUUUUGAGAUCCAGUUCAGUCGUGGAGGUGAACCUGAUGGAGGGAAGAUCUCCAAUUUCCUAUUGGAAAAAUCCAGAGUGGUGUCUCAAAACCAUGGAGAGAGGAAUUUUCACAUUUACUAUCAGCUCCUAGAGGGCGCUAGUAAAGAGCAGAGGGAGAACCUGGGAAUCACCACACCGGAUUACUACCUCUACCUGAACCAGUCGGGAACUUACACUGUGGAGGACGUCAACGAUAAGAAGGAAUUCAUUGACACCAUGGAUGCCAUGUCGGUGGUGGGUCUGUCUGUGGAGGAGCAGGAUACAGUGUUGCAGAUCGUGGCUGGGAUCCUACAUUUGGGUAACAUUGCUUUCAGAGAGGAGGGAAACUACGCCGUGGUGGAGAGUGAGGACUUCCUGGCCUUCCCAGCCUACCUGUUGGGGAUUUCUCAGGACGGGCUGAAGAGCAAGCUGACCAGUCGUAUCAUGGACAGUAAAUGGGGAGGCAAGUCGGAGAGCAUCGCCGUGACCCUGAACACAGAACAGGCCUCGUUCACCCGCGAUGCCCUCUCAAAAGCACUCUACUCCCGUCUGUUUGACUACCUUGUAGACGCUAUAAACAAAGCCAUGCAGAAAGACCACGAGGAAUUUAACAUUGGUGUGCUCGACAUCUACGGCUUUGAAAUCUUCCAGAAAAAUGGUUUUGAGCAGUUCUGUAUCAACUUUGUGAAUGAGAAGCUCCAGCAGAUUUUUAUUGAGCUCACACUGAAAGCUGAGCAGGAAGAGUACGUGCAAGAGGGAAUCAGAUGGACACCUAUUGAAUACUUCAACAACAAAGUAGUGUGUGACUUAAUUGAAUCCAAAUUGAAUCCUCUUGGCAUUAUGAGCAUAUUGGACGAUGUAUGUGCCACCAUGCAUGCCAAAGGAGAGGGUGCUGACCAGACGCUGCUGCAGAAACUCCAGUCGCAGAUUGGCACACAUGAGCACUUCAACAGCUGGAACAAAGGCUUCAUAGUGCACCACUACGCCGGGAAGGUGUCAUACGACGUGAGUGGCUUCUGCGAGAGGAACAGGGAUGUGCUUUUCAACGACAUUAUUGAGCUGAUGCAGAGCAGUGAAUAUCAAUUCAUCAAAGACCUGUUCCCAGAAAACCUUGAGGCUGAGAAAAGAGGCCGUCCCACCACUGCAAGUUCCAAAAUCAAGAAACAAGCCAACAGCCUGGUCCAGACGCUGAUGAAAUGCACUCCUCAUUACAUCCGCUGCAUUAAACCCAACGAGACCAAAAAGCCGCGGGACUGGGAGGAGAGUCGGGUCAAGCACCAGGUGGAGUACCUGGGCUUACGUGAGAACAUCCGGGUCCGCAGGGCCGGCUACGCCUUCCGCCGAGUCUUCAGCAAGUUCCUCCACAGAUAUGCCAUCCUCACCAAAGAAACCUGGCCCCAGUGGCGCGGAGAUGAAAAAAAGGGCGUCCUUCAUCUGUUACAAUCUGUCAACAUGGACCCGGACCAGUACCAGCUGGGCAAGACCAAGAUCUUCAUCAAAGCUCCAGAAUCUUUGUUCCUGUUGGAGGAGAUGAGGGAGAGGAAGUACAAUGGUUAUGCUCGGGUCAUCCAAAAGGCCUGGCGCAAGCAUGUCGCUGUCCGAAAAUACGUCCGCAUGCGAGAGGAGGCUUCUGAUAUCUUGCUGAAUAAGAAGGAGAGGAGGAAAAACAGCCUGAACCGAAACUUUGUAGGCGACUACAUUGGUAUGGACAGUCAUCCAGAGAUCAGACAGUUUGUGGGACGGAGAGAGAGAAUUGACUUUGCUGAUGUGGUUGUCAAAUACGACCGCAGAUUUAAGUCUUUGAAACGUGACCUCAUCCUGACCCCUAAGUUCCUGUAUAUGAUUGGUCGGGAAAAGGUGAAGCAAGGGCCCGACAAGGGUCAAAUCCGGGAAGUGCUGAAGAGACAGAUUGAGCUGGAGAAAAUUCAGUCCGUUUCUCUCAGCACCUUGCAGGACGACUUUUUCAUAGUUCAUGAAGAACAUUAUGACAGCGUACUCGAGUCAGUCUUCAAAACGGAAUUUCUCAGCCUGCUGUACAAGCGCUAUGAGGAAAAAACUCACAGAAAGCUAACAAUCAAGUUCAAUAAUCUACUAGAGUUUAAAGUAAAGAAAGGAGGCUGGGGACCCUUUGCAUCUGCUGGCUCCAGGCAGAUCCAGUUCCAGAUGGGCCAGGGUGACGAGGCGGUUCUGAAAACCAGCAGCAAGGUCCUGACCGUCAGCAUCGGAAAGGGUCUCCCCAAGAAUUCCAGACCGACCCGGCGAGACAAGAGAAAGAGCCAGUAUAUGGGUCGUCAAAAUCCGCCGAGGAACGACCAGUACUCGCGCGGACCCACCAAGGGUGGAGGCGGCCGAGGCGGAGGUGGAGGUGGUCGUCACUCUGCGGCUAGGGGUUCCCUGCUCCGCCAGCAGUCUAGCAUGGAGCAGCCUACGCUCCCCAGACAGGGCCACCGACAAAGCCAUGCCUACAAUCAAACCAACACUGACAUGGACUUCAUGAACGUGCCUGAUCAGGGUGCAGCUGGAAUGCAUCGGAGACGUUCGAAAGAGUACAAGCCUGUUCCAGGUUCUGGGCGGCCCAAACCUGCCCCCAAACCAAAACCCAGAGUUCCGCAGUGCCGAGCACUGUAUGCUUACGAUGCUCAAGAUACUGACGAACUAAGUUUCAACACAGACGACAUCAUUGAGAUCCUUACUGAAGACCCAUCAGGCUGGUGGUUCGGCCGUCUGCGGGGGAAAGAGGGUAUGUUUCCAGGCAACUACGUGGAAAAGAUUUAAAUCUGGAAACUAAUGGAAGAAAUCUCAUUAGCGAGCGGCAGGAAAGCAAAGAUCCAAAUCAAAUAAGGGUGAACGGCAUGGGUACGACUUGCA